CAGGCCGCGGGUCGAGCUGGUCGAGAAAAUACGACGCUUAUAAAACCGAGAACGCCCGACACGCGCGCUCCGUUCAUUCUCACGCGUGUUCACCACACAUUCAAUCCAUUCGCGUCUGAAACGCUUUCCCACGAAAUUCGACUUCCUAUUCCUCAGAAACGCGUUAUGCGGGGAUCCUCCAUCGAUCGAGGUUGUAGAAACUUUUAAGAAAUUGUCAAGAUUCAUGGAGUAAAAGCCUUCUCCGUCAGAGUCAUCAAAGUCUCUCGGAAACAUGAUCCGUCGAUAGAUCGAGUCGAGAUCUACCAAAAAACAUUCACAGUUUCAGGAAAAGAUUUUUAAAAAUUGAUAAAAUUCAUAGCGAUAUAGAUCUCGACCAGAAGGUCACCAAAAUAUCUCAGAAGCGUGACACACGGUGACUAUCGAUCAACUGUAUUCAAAGAAGCACUAAAAGAAAUCACGUUGAUGGCAAAUAAAAAAAUCUCGAACUUGAGGAAAAGAUUUUUAGAAGUUGCCAAAAUCCACAACGACGUAAAUUCUUUCAACUAAAGGGUCAUCAAAGCUGUCAAUCAAAUUUAAAAUCAUUCUCGAUUCCAGUCAUCGGAAGUUCGUGUUCCACGUCGAAAAAAGAAAUACAAAAGGACCAACCGCUCCAAAACAAGUAAAGAACCAAUAAAUAUCAGCUCCGUUUCAAAGUUGGCUUUAUUGUGUCAAACGUGAAUCGCCGAAGGCAGCUCUCAUCUCUGCUCUCGCGAGAAUUCCUGCAAAGAUCGUCGAACGUGAAAAUCAUCGAAGGGGUGUUCCGUCGCCUGAGAGUCUUGGAGCGUAGAUAAGGGACGCGGUGACCCGGACUGUCAAGCCGCGUAUAAAAUCGACGAUAGCGAAGUCGACGGCCGCCAGUAUCGCGGGAGCCGCGCGCGAGAGAGGACGUCGUCGCUCGUGUACACGUCGACGCAAGGAAAAAUCACGGGACGCGAAAAUCACCGAUACCCCUCCCCGACGUGCUUUGUUGUCGUUUCAACCUCGCGGAACACCGCAGAAGCCUCGGCCUUGUUUGAACGCGACCGUGUGGAACGAAGGAAAAUCAUGUGCGACCAGGGACAGGGAGUCAUCCUUCGUAUUUGUGACGACGACCUGUGCAAUUAACCAUUCAAUCACUGACCUAGCCGAAGAACGCAGGUCGUGUGCGGGAGACUUUUCACGUGUUGGCCAUAUACGCACGCUGGACGCCUAUAGGCGUUUACCGCACGGUAGUGUGUCAAUAGAUACAAGCGACUAUAGGCAUGGAUAACCAUCGAAGGGUUAUGGAAGCUGAAAUAUUUUUUAAAUUCUAAGGAUCUUGAAGAACAAGAACUCGAAAAAGAGCGGUGAGGAUUUCCCAUUACUAUGAGAAGCUUCUGAAAGUUGAUCGAUUCGGAGUCAUCUGCACACUCGGUACUGUCGAGGUCGAUGACGAAAGUUUUUGAGACCUCCAAGUUCGUUGGAACAUCUCCGAAAUCCGGAGCAGAAGGAUCCUUUUACCAAAGGAAUCUCGGGAAUAGUGGAUCGAGGAAAAGUUAGAGUACACGCUUUCGAAACUUGAUCAAUUCGGAGUCACCCAGACACGCGGGACCGUCCGAGAGUCGACGACACGAGUUUUCGAGACCCUUGGAAUCGCAGAAACAUCUCUGAGGUUCGAAACAUCCUUUAUCCUUGGGAGGUAUCUGUUGCCGAAGGAAUCCCGAGAAUAGAGGAUCAAGGAAGGGUGGUUAAGGGGCACAAGGAUCUUCCGAGAAUUCUGGGACGUUUUCGAAAGUUGGUAUACGGAGAGGAUACGGUUCGAGUUCGUGGGUAAAGGAUGGUGAAAUGGUUGCGCGUGGGCUCGGGUGGAAAUGUGGCUGCGAAUGAUCGUCGCGAAUAGAAGCGGAAAGCAGUGGGUGCCUUGAAAGAUUCGCGGAAGAAGCGGGCUAGGAAGAGGACGAAGAGGAACGGAGAAGUGUCGGCGAUCAAGACGGCAACGGAGAGGCGAGAAAACACUCGAGGAAUGCCGUGGAUAAAGUGCUUGGGCGGCGGAGGCGGAAACGCCAGAAGAGGCAAACCACUCAGCGUCAGCCAGCCGAUCCACCUGCUCGUCAAGACCGAGUUCGAGCCGCAAUGUCACGUGUUCCGAACGAAGCAGUUACGCAAGCCGCGUCCGUGCCAUUUGUGCCAUCAGGCGGUGAUCAAGCAGGCGUCGUGCUGCAGAGUCUGCAAGUACAUCUGUCACAAGUCAUGCGAAGAUAAGGGUGCUAGAUUUCGGGAUACCUCGCAGCAAAUCCAUAAGCAAUGGCAAGCAGAUCCAGCAAGAGCGUUUCCAACGGUCACCACAGGUUCGGUUUCACCCGCUUCGGGGGAGAUUUCGACCCCAAACUCGACGCCAAGUCCGAGCCCUAGUCCGACCAACAGUCAACAAGUCGUGCACAAUGGGGGAUACGAAGCACAGCCGAAGAAUGUUAACACCAUCACUAGGAGUAAACAUCAACAGCAGAUGCAGACGUCCUCGUCGGCGACGACACCCGCGAGGACGCCAGGCGUCGGCGCGGACGCGACGACGACAGGAUCAGGAAAGGGUGGAGGUCGCGUCACGGAAGUGACGGAGUUUUGUUACGUCACCCAAAGGAUCAUUGCGCUUUGGUACAGAGAGGACGCCCAAGGAGUCCUUGAACACGCAACCACGCUACUGCGAGGGAAGCACACUGAUAAUUAUAUGAUUUUCAAUUUGUCGUCGCCUGGUCGCCCAGGAGAGCCGAACACCAGAGAAGCAGGCUGGCCACAGGGGUUGGCGCCAAGUUUGGAGAGACUCUGCGCCUUAUGCAAGGAGCUGGACUCCUGGCUGAACGGUGCUUCAAAUCGCGUGGUUGUUCUCCAUGCCAGGGGAAGCAAGGAACGAUUGGGUGUGGCAGUCUCCGCGUACAUGAAUUACAGCAGCAUCUGCGGAGGACGCGAUCAGGAGCUGGACAGGUUCGCGAUGAGGACAUUCCUCGACGACAAGAUUGGAUCCCUGCAGGUUCCGUCCCAUCGAAGGUACAUCAAGUAUUUCAGCGGGCUGCUCUCGGGAUCUUUAAGAAUCAGCCAGUCGCCUCUCUAUUUAACGCAUCUUACGGUCCUCGGUGUGCCGCUCUUCGAGCCUACGGGCUGUCGAGCGUUCCUCAAGGUCUACGAAGGACUAACACCCGUCUACACUUCAGACCUUUACUCCGUAACGAAUGCUCGAGAGUUCACGGUUAAUCUCGGGGGUCUUCGUCUGAGGGGAGACAUACUGGUGAAAUGUUACCACAGGGUGUAUUCGAAGCAAAGUCGAGAAGUGAUGUUCUCUCUUCAGUUCCACACCUGCGUAAUCACGGAGAACGUGGUGUCCUUUCCCCGAUCGGAGCUGGACGUUGCCUGUGACGAUCCUCGAUGUCCACCCGACAGCGUGGUGACCCUCUACUUUGCCACCGACGCCAAGCGUCAAGAUGGCCCGGUGCCGGCGCCGACGCCCGCUGUGCCACACGCAUCGGCCCACCACGAUCCCAUACUGCAUUGGGACAGCUACACGAAUCUCGAAAUCAGCGAUGACGAAGGACGGGAAACACCAUUAUCACCGCCACCACCUUCGAGCUCCUCCGUCCAGACGUCACCUCGUGGAUUGGGUUACACCUGCGGUCCCAUAGAUGGAUCUCUGUACGCUGUGGUACACCAGGGUGCUGCCGGUGGUGCCCGUGGCUCACCAUUGACAGUUUCCAUGGACAGCGGCAUCAGCAGCGCUCCACCACAGCGACCUAGUCCACCAGAGGCAGAGCCGGAUAACCAGGUUCAUGGUGAUCUCGACAAGCUCCUCCAUGAUAUGAUGCGCACUGUUGAGUCGAUGCCAGAUCCUCCGUCAGAGGACUAUAGAACGGACAGAAGCGAGAAAAUGUACAUUCAGGAAACUCGCAGCUACACGAGCAGUCACCCCACUUCGACGUAUUCCACCCUGAAAGACUCGUACAGAGGCUACGGGACCGGGAAAGAGUCCAGUCCACCCUACAAUUCGAGCAGCAAUUACAGCACAUUGAAGAACGAGUAUCGGGAGCCAGCCAAGAUCGAGCACCGAAGAGAGGAGUACGAGUAUCGCGUGUCGCCUGAUCGAAAAAUCUCUGAGUCCUCGAACGAUUCGUACAGAAAGCACGCGGACUCGUUCUCGCCGCCUGGGAACAUCGAUUAUAUCGACGAGGACAUCCCCUAUCACGCCCGGCAAACCAGUCAACCGUUUUCGUACGGCGCCACCACGGACAUGAUCAAACAUCAGAAACUUUCCUCGCCGUCUCUGGUUAGGAAGGCAUCCGUGAGAGGCGUGGCGCCUGUGGUCGACUUCGAAGACAUCCUCGGGGAGAACUCGAGAAGACCCAUCAGUCCCAUGAGCCCCAACACGCCGGACCCUCCGCCAGAGUUCGCCAACGGACCUGUAAAAAACAGUUCGGACCACAUCGAUGGAUUAUCGUGGCUGAGACAGCAGCAAUUGAAGCUCGCCGCGAGGAGGGACGAAAGAAACCCAGGGAAGCUAUGGCGACAGGAGACCGGAAAUCGUGUAAUUGGCGAGCUGAGGAGUUUGCAGAGAGGGAGGCUGAGGCACGACGGAUACGCGAGCGAUUCCGCAGUUCUCGACGACGAUGAUGACGCGUGGAUGACUAAUUCCAUUUCCGGACAGAUGCAAUCGAGGCCGCUUCCAUAUACCUCGGCGCCAGCGAGUCCUCUGCUUCCACAACGAUCAAGCAGCCGGAAGUACAACGGUACCACCGGAACCGGUACUCUAGGCAGACCUCGAGCAGAGAGCGUGAACGAACGUCCUUUCAUGUCCGUGAAACGGGCUUACGAGUAUCGCAAAUACAGCGACAGUCAGAGCCCUCCGACAUCCCCCCGCUCAGGCUUAGCAGCCGCACAACCCUUAGGAUUAGCAAUGCAGCAACAAGCAACGUUCACUAGCGCGGACAAGCCGCAGCCGCCGCGACCAGAAUCGCGCAGCGACAGUUUUAUUCGCGCUGACGCUUUGUUGCGCGAGCACCGCCAACAGCAACAACAAUUUUCCGCCAGCAACGCCACCAACAAUCACACGGAGCACAAGCAAGAGAUGGGCCAGGAUUUCGCCUCUAGUCGAAACUCUAGACCCGAGUCACGUAACCGUAUUGUGACGUAUCAGACCUGCAGCAUAAAUACCAGCAACGACAGGACCGUCGACCACGUGGACGCCGGAUUGCUGGCUUUGGUCGACCAGCAGCCGACCGCUCAAACAGCUGCUGACCCUCUCGUGAGCCUCAUUCAAUCACUGGCUGAAAUUUCGCCCGUUCGUUCGUCUUCAUCCGUGACUAACAAGUCCGUGAACGAUCAUCCUGCAAGCAUCGACAUGGCAGCGACCACGACAAACGUCAGCAGCAACGUUGCUAACGCCAUCACCACUAAUUGCUCCCCUAACCAGUCGCCCAAAGCAUGGCAGAAUUGCACCCAGUCGCACAAUGACUCGGGGUCAUCGUGGACCGAGAGGAGCAUCAGUCCUGGAAGCACUGUAGUGGGUGGCGCGUCCAGACCUCAAACGCCAGCGUUUCCGGUUCAUCCUCGAACGCCAUACGUCAACAACUCCUCGCCUACGGUGACAUUCGCAUCCGAUCGUCCGUACGUUACGUCGAACACAACUUACAACUUAAACAACAACAACAACAACAUGAACCACGUCGAUACGGCCGGGAACAACAACAACAAUGUCGGGAACUACGGUAGCGAACGAACGAUCUAUAUCGAAGAACGAAGAGAAGUCUCGAAGGAGACGGGACUUCCUCCCAAGAGUCCGACGACACAGAGACGCUUGAGUUUCCCGGCAAGCGGGCCACUUAAACAAACGCAUAACAAACGAUGGCCGCUCACUAAUCAAUCGGCAUCGUUCGACUAUAGCAAGGACCGAUCCGUUUCUCCGAUAAACGAGUCGACGAUGUCGCAGUCGCAAGCUGUUUCACGCAGCCCUGGUACUCCGACUCACAUCGAAUUCGCCCAAAGUCCAAAGAGUGCCGCAUCGUACACCUCCAUAAACAGCGGCGGCCAGUCAUCUCCCCAGGUCCAGUAUUACGGUUCGAGACGGUCGAGCGUCCAUUCGAACACCGAGCCUCAAGAAGUAGCCGAUGCCAAUGUUAAAUUUGUGCGCGACACCAGCAGGAUCUGGUACAAGCCAAACAUAUCUCGGGAGCAAGCAAUCUCGAUGCUGAAGGAUGCAGCACCAGGGACAUUCGUCGUUCGGGAUAGUAAUUCUUUCCCUGGAGCCUUUGGGCUAGCUCUGAAAGUAGCAACACCGCCCCCAGGCGCACCGAGCAGCCCACGAGACCCAUCGAGCGAGCUGGUCAGGCACUUUUUAAUCGAGCCAACCUCCCGCGGCGUUAGGCUGAAGGGUUGCGCGAAUGAACCAGUUUUCAGCUCGUUGUCUGCACUGGUUUACCAGCACAGCUUGAUGGCAAUGGCUCUACCUUGCCAGCUGCUGCUUCCCGAGCCAGAAGCCGCGGCCAGAGCCCUUGACUCACCUGGUGCAAACAGUGCUCAGCAGUGGUUCGUACAGGGUGCAGCCUGCAAUGUUUUAUACCUUUUCACUAUGGACACGGAAUCAUUGACCGGACCUCAAGCUAUCAAGAAGGCAGUCACAACCAUGUUCGAACAGAAACCACUGCCCGUAGCGACCAUCGUCCAUUUCAAGGUCUCCUCGCAGGGGAUAACUUUAACGGACAACGCGCGGAAGCUUUUCUUCCGUAGGCACUAUCCAACAAACAACAUCAGUUAUUGCGGAUUGGAUACCGAUGAUCGCAUUUGGGAUUUUGCUAGUGAGGAAACUGGACGACCAGGCAGUGCUCAUCGCUGCUUCGGAUUCGUCGCUAGAAAACCCGCCCAUAAGUCGGACAAUCAGUGCCACGUGUUCGCUGAACUAGAACCAGGCCAGCCUGCCACAGCCAUCGUGAAUUUCGUCAACAAGGUCAUGGUGGGGAACUCGGUGUCCAAAGCCAACAUCGUCUAAAUCGCGUUCAUCGGGUCUCUGAGAUUCUCCCAUAACACUUUCAUCCUUGAGCUCAGACGACUGAUCAUCGACACGAAAACAUAUAUUAACAAUGUGGAACCGAUAAAAUGGAAGAAACGAGAAACGAACAGCUCGAAUCUCGCAACGAAGAAGAGGCGUUCCCGCAACAAGAUUUCAUCGACAAAACUUGUGCGGUACAAACGACGCUAGCUGACUUUCGUAAUAAGUCUUCAUGCAUCUCGUGAAACGUAGAAUCGAGUCAAUAGGGCAUGAACGUGUUCUAAAACAGUUACUGUAGCACUUAUCGAUAGGGGUUGAACGGUCCUACCGCCAAAGUGAAGAUCGAAACGAGGCGAGAAACUCGAUUCCAUUCUUCGCGUCGGUGAUCGCACGCUUGAAAAGAGAAUUAAUACGUGGUAAUUAUUUUGUUCGGUAACAUCAGAUUUAAUUCAGCGUGGAAAGGAAAACAAACCCCUCGUGGUUUACAAGGGCGAUUCAGGACACAAAGAUUUAUUGAAUUAAGAUCUUUUUUAAAAUUUGGAUUAUCGUCCCGAAGGUGGCCUUCGUCAUAAUCUAAAACGUCAACAAAUGAAUCUUUCUUUCCGCGUUGCUCUUACAAACGAUAAAGUGUUGGUGCUUUUCCCUCCACGUUGACUUAGAUUGACAUGAGAAAAUUGUUAACGGCGAUCGUUACUGUUGGUAAUUAUUCUAGCAAUUAGUAGAGUAAUAUAAAUGACGCUCGGAGCACAGUACGACGAUGCGGUUUGGCGUACUCGAUCGAUCGUUAUUGGGAUUUCAUCGAACAUUGAUGAAUGAUUUCGCUUUUUAAUACUCUCCCGUGGUGGAAAGUCUGCGACAUACGAAAAUGCUUCUAAUAACACGAUCAAACGUUCAUCAGAUUCCAAAUGAAAUCGUAUUUGUCACUUAAACGGGCGACUACCGUUUCGAAUCGUAACAGUUUCAAUUAACAAGAAACAUCGCUUAGUUGUGAUACGACGAUGUUUAUGAAUUUUCACACCCAGAUAGAGCUUUGAAAAAUAUUAAAGCAAAAAUCAUCUUCAAAAUUAUGAAUAGAAUAUCUAUAGUAAUGCCUAGUAUAAUGAUUGAAAUCGAAACACUCUGUUAUCGAUAUAUAAAGCGCGACCGGAGAAUAUUUUUCUUGUUGAUUCCGCUCCAUUGAACUCUUUAUCUGCGACAAUAGUCUCCGCAAUACUUAGCAUUUUCCAAUGCUUCAUUCGGAUGUGAAAUUUCAUAAAAAUCGUAGAUCGUCGAUCGAGCGCAACGCAGCGCCAUACUUGGCCGCGAGCUUGAAACUAUUACGCGAACGUAUCGAUAGCUGGUAGCCGUAGUAGAGUAUCGACCGUGCUCUUCGUGCGAAUCUCGAAGAGCAUCGCGUAUUCGCGGGGCAUUGCCCUGAUCGAACAAAAGCAAACGAAGGAGAAAAUAAAAAUGGAUAAAGUAUAAAUCAUAUGCACCACUGUGCAAACGAUAGUUGAAUCCAUGCAUGUUAUAUAUAUACAUAUAUAUAUCACGUUAUACUUGGGACUCUCGAGUAAUGUUUAUCGAAGAAAAUGUUACGUCGCGGAGCCGAUACUACGGUAUCGCAGCCCGAGAAGAUGCAUCUGAAUCGAGGUGGUUCACGUUAUAAAUAGCUGUAAAUAAGCAAACAGAAAGUAAGAUAAUGCCUUGGGGAUGGAGAACGAUCGGCGUUCUCCUGAUCGAAAGGAGCUUGAAGAAUGGCAAACGGUGUGGCGUUCAAUAGACGUAGAGAGAAUCGAUUCGAUUCGAGGGUGUCAACGAGACGGAACAAAUAAACGAUACUCGAAGAGGAGUAGCGUAUCGAAACGAAGCAUCACACGCGUCAUUUCUUUUUGAUGAUCCCCCCUAACCCGUAGGUUCUUGCCAUUAUUCGUCAUCGCUAGAGGGACGUCCUUCGUUUGCCGUUAUUGUCGAUACCAACGAAGGAGGGCCCCUGCGCGGUGGACGACGAUAAGCAGUCAAUUAUUACGAAAGAAUGUUACACAUGUAAUUAUGACAAUACCGUUGCAGGAGGAUUUACACCGAAUCUCGGAUCGUAUCCUCGGCGUUGCAGCUAGUUUUCAUCUUUUCGUAUUCUUCUCGGUUUCGGGAGGGAAGAUCGGUCGCGGAGGACCUUCGCGUUCUCUCUUUUUCAUUGCUAUCCAACCCGUGAAGAUUGGUUUUCACGAACCACGCAGGUAGACACGAUGAAGAAGUGGGGGCACUUGUCAGACACCGUGCUAGUCAAAAUUCGAUGUGUAUACUCGGACGAAGAAUUCGAUGAGGUAGAUGUAUCUCGGCCCCCGCGAAAGGGGACCGUCGAGCAACCGAUCUUUCUUCCCACUUUCUCUGUUCUUUGUCUCGUCUUAUGCGUUUCAUUUCGUACACGUGGAAACCCGACUAACAGAGUAAUUAUUAAUUUAACACCAGUCAUUAUAAUAAUUAUUAAUUAUUAUUACUUAUUUACGCUCUAUUGUUACGUACGUUCACCCAAUAAUUGUAUCGUUGCGCACCGGGAACGGUCCGCUCUUAUAGUUGUAACAACAAUAAACAAUAUUCGCAGCGUAA